GGUAUAUUAUCUAGAACUAUAGGCAAGCAUUGCGUUCACAAAGCUCUGUGCCUGCAAGUACCUUCACAGGUUGUGCAAGGCUACAUGACUUUCCUGAAAGACUCUCGCCACUAAUAGGCCUGCAAUGCAUUGCAUGCAAAGGUCAAUACAUUAUUACAGUCAAUCUCUUGGGUUUUAAAGGACCUGACUACCUACAAAUACCUGAUUGGUGUAUGUAAUCUAGUUUACCAGUUUCACACAUUAUGUCUCUAGGACACCUACUCCAAAAUCCAGACAGACAUGGAACUGGCAAGACGGGAAGGUUACAUGUUUGGUGCCAAGCUAGUCAGAGGUGCCUACAUGGAACAAGAACGACUGAGGGCAAGCACUUUGGGCUACACUGAUCCAAUCCACCCAAGCUACAAGGCAACAAGUAAAUGUUUUGAUGAAGUUUUAAAUGCUGUGUUGGAGGAAACAAAGAGAGGAAAUGCUAAUGUUCUUGUCGCAACUCACAAUGAGAACUCCAUCCAGGUUGCCAUCAAGAGGAUGCACGAAUUGGGAAUUUCACCGCAGGAAAGGAAAGUUUUCUUUGGACAGCUUUUGGGAAUGUCUGAUGCAAUCUCAUUUACACUUGGUAAUAAGGGAUAUGCUGUGUACAAGUAUGUUCCAUUUGGGCCAGUGGACGAGGUACUGCCCUAUCUCUCAAGGCGAGCCAUGGAAAACAAGGGUCUUCUUAAGGGAGUACUCAAAGAGAGGGGUCUUCUAUGGGGAGAGCUGAAAAGGAGGUUCCAAGAAGGAGAGCUCAAAUAUGACCCAACUUUGGUACAAGUUGGUUCUACAUAGAGUGGUGCUGACAUUAUUCUUAUGCUGUUACACCAGGUGCUUUCAGCAACUGUUAUUCUUUCCGUGAACAGAGCACUACUAUACCGUUCAUUCACAUGGUAACAGUGGUUUGAAAGCCUUCAAGUAUUGCUAAUGCGGAGCAGUUUUGAGAGGCAGUGCGACAAGUCUUUGUUCAUGCGAACUUUGCUGCAUUGAAUGAUUAUUACAGUUUUGUGAGAAGACUGUCUAAGUCUUCAAAACUGAAGGUGUCUGAAUGUGUGUGCCACAUACUCUUACAGGUAUUUGAGGAGUGCAAAUAGUAAUAUGAUUGAAUGUAUGUCAAUUUGUAUAAAAUUAUUGGUUUAAUUUUAACGUCAAUUGAGGAAUACUUUAAUUCAUGGCUGAAUUUUAAAACUCCCCAUUUCACUUGUCAUAUCAAUGCUAAGUACUACUUACUUAGUAAUAAAGAACAAAAUAAUUUGGAACACAGAUUCAACACUGAUGUGAACAAUUUGGUUUCACAGUGAGUGAACAUUUUUUUUUACAAUAGCUGUACAUAUCAACCCAGAAAUGAAGUUUAUUUUGCAUACAAAGCAAUUUUCCUAUAGGUAUGGAACCCUUGGGGAAAUAAAUCAUUGGUAAGGACUGUAGAAAUAUUUUGGAGCCAGGUAAAUAAUUUCAUUUUUCUGUGGAGUUGUGCACAAGGGUGUGAAAUUCUUAUGUAUUUAUUAUAAUUACAGAGAUUAAGGGUAUCUUGCAAGUUUGCAAUUGAAGGAUUGAAAUGCUACUUAUUUAAUUAAUUCCCCCUUUCCCCCUGAUCCUUCAAUGAAUGAACAAGUUCAUAGCCGGUAGUGAAACAUAGUGUCAAUAAUAUGAUCUCUUGGUUUCAAACAGGAUUAUUUGUUAGCAAACCUAAGACAAAGGUCAAUAAUUCAAGUUGAACUUUCUUUUCCUUUGUGAAGGGGAUUUCACUUUUAAUUCAUUGUGGGGGGAAAAAAAUGAAUUUUUGUAUCAAAGGAUCAAUAAUUUGCAUUUUUCGUGUAAAUAAUAUUAACCUGAUUUUCGAUUAAUUUAGUCUUUUAAGUCAAUGGUGUGUAUAGGAUGAAUUCUAUAAUGUUAAGUAUCCACUUAUUAUUAGGUAAAAUGAAUUGUAAAAAUAGGUGUUGCUGGCAACAGGCUGAUUGAAUAAAUGUAAACACUAUGUAGUUGUGAAUAUUACAGAAAUGAGUUUGUGUAAUUCUAGGUUAUUAGAAGGGGAUUCCACCCAGUAUCCAGAAAAGACCUACUUCAUCAGUGACCUACCCUAAACUUCCACCAACCCACCCCACCUCCAUUUCCAACUAUGUCCCAGUCUUGCAUGUAAAUAUAGGUCUAGAGAAUGACAUGGUUCAAAAUUUCAUCCAAUUGUUUUCCCAGUAUCCAGAGAAGACCUACUUCAACAGUGACCUACCCUAAACUUCCAUCAACCCAACCCACCUCCACUGCACCUCCACUGGCAGUGAGACCCUUGAUAGCAACAAUGUC